CCCCCAUUUCCCAUUGGCAAGUGGCAGCAAAAGGCGAGCGAGUUAAUCUUCAUCUCCCCUCUUCCCACUCUCGCGCCUCAUUGGUUUCAUCGUCCGCCGUCCACCCGCCACCUGCCACCUGCCACCUGCAACGCCUCCUCCUUCCUUCUCCGUUGGGCGGAGUUUCCUAAGCUAUACCUUUCUUUUACUUCCGACGAAUCAAUUUCACUUGCCCUCUCGAAUCAGAUUCGCUUCUUUCCAGCUAAUACCCAAUGGCUUCCUCGCUCGCUUCAGCCUCUGCUGCUUCCGCAGUGGCCAAAUCUCCUUGCACUGCCAUGGCUCGCCGCGAUAUCAAUCACAAGAACUCUCAUUGCGCGCUCUCUUUUCGGCUCCCUCACAAGCCCAAACUCCGAAUCUUCACCAGGGGUGUGCAGCCUGUUCGUAAGCAUCUAACUCCUGUACAGGCACAGUUGAAUGAGUCGUCUAUUUCAUUGAAGGAUCCUGUUGAUGCACCUAAUGCUGCAAAAGUUUCAUCUGAAUCUGAUGUUUUAGCAUCAGAUGGAAGUGCCAAACCAUUGAGUGAUCCAUCUUCUAAAGCUUUGGCAACGGAAGAGUCAAUCUCUGAGUUCAUUACUCAAGUUUCAAGCCUUAUCAAACUGGUUGAUUCCAGAGAUAUUGUAGAGCUGCAAUUGAAACAGUUCGACUGUGAAGUGAUGAUCCGGAAAAAGGAGGCCUUACCACAACCGCCGCCUCCUGCUGCCAUUCCUAUGCCGUAUGCACCCCCACCUUCAGUAGCACAGUCAGUUCCUCCCCCUGUGCCUGCUGCACUGCCAGCGCCCGCUUCUCCUGUUUCAAGCCUGCCAUCCUCAACUCCUGCUGCUAAGUCGGCCAAGUCCUCCCUUCCACCUCUUAAAUGUCCUAUGGCAGGCACAUUCUACCGUAGUCCAGGACCUGGGGAGCCACCAUUUGUUAAGGUUGGAGAUAAAGUGCAGAAAGGACAAGUCUUGUGCAUCAUUGAGGCCAUGAAAUUAAUGAACGAAAUAGAAGCCGAUCAAUCUGGAACCAUAGUCGAGGUUAUUGCAGAGGACGGGAAGCCUGUCAGCGUCGGUGUGCCUUUGUUUGUCAUUCAACCUUAGGCCAAUCCGGGUUUCGAUUACACGAGACGAGUAAAGGAGAUGAGAUUAAGCUGAGUUUGGGAAGCAAAUUGAGUUUCCGAGCAAGUUCGGGUUGUGGGUUAGUUAUUGGUAGUGUCCUUUUUCCCCCUUCUUCCUUCGUUUUCCUCUUCAGUUGAGCGUAGACAUGAUAGAGAUUGUGUUGAUAAACAUAUCAAUUCCUUUUCCAGUUUUCGUGUGAACUUUCAACUUUCUUCGUGAAAUCAGAUAUAUAUUUU